CGCCAUCUUGAACAAUUACUGUAUUCGUUUUGCCUUCAUAUUUUCAUCAAACAACAUCGACCUUGAAACGAGCUUGCAGCGUAAUUGAUUGGAACCGAGGAUGACGGACUCUAAAUAUUUCACUACCACCAAAAAAGGUGAGAUAUUUGAACUGAAAGCAGAGCUUAAUAGUGAUAAAAAAGACAGGAAGAAAGAAGCUGUGAAGAAAGUGAUUGCUAGUAUGACAGUUGGUAAAGAUGUUAGUGCACUGUUUCCAGAUGUUGUUAAUUGUAUGCAGACUGAUAAUUUAGAACUUAAGAAGUUAGUAUAUUUAUAUUUGAUGAAUUAUGCCAAGACUCAACCAGAUAUGGCUAUUAUGGCAGUCAAUACAUUUGUCAGGGACUGUGAAGAUGCUAACCCUCUGAUCAGAGCCUUAGCUGUGAGAACUAUGGGAUGUAUUAGAGUGGAUAAAAUCACAGAGUAUCUCUGUGAACCACUGAGGAAAUGUCUGAAGGAUGAAGACCCAUACGUCAGAAAGACUGCUGCCGUAUGCGUAGCCAAACUACAUGAUAUUAAUUCACAAUUAGUGGAAGAUCAGGGUUUUCUUGACCAUCUUCGAGAUUUACUCUCGGAUUCUAACCCUAUGGUUGUUGCUAAUGCAGUGGCUGCUUUAGCAGAAAUACAUGAAUCAUCUCCUACAGCUGCUGCUUUGAUUGACAUGAAUACACAAACCAUCAACAAACUACUAACUGCUUUGAAUGAAUGCACUGAAUGGGGUCAGAUAUUCAUCUUGGAUUCUCUAGCAAAUUACACACCAAAAGAUGAGAGAGAAGGGCAGAGUAUUUGUGAGAGAGUAACACCACGUUUGGCCCAUGCUAAUGCUGCUGUUGUUCUCUCUGCUGUUAAAGUGUUAAUGAAGUUUAUGGAGAUGCUUGAACCAAACAGUGAUUACAUAAAUACAUUGACUAAAAAGUUGUCGCCUCCAUUGGUAACACUGCUGUCAGCUGAACCUGAAAUACAAUACGUAGCUUUACGAAAUAUCAAUCUAAUUGUACAGAAAAGACCAGAUAUUCUGAAACACGAAAUGAAGGUAUUCUUUGUCAAAUACAAUGAUCCAAUCUAUGUGAAAUUAGAGAAGCUUGACAUUAUGAUACGUCUUGCAACCCAGGCUAAUAUUGCACAAGUACUGGCUGAAUUAAAGGAGUAUGCUACCGAGGUAGAUGUGGACUUUGUCAGGAAAUCUGUCAGAGCUAUUGGCAGGUGUGCCAUCAAAGUUGAGCAAUCUGCCGAGAGAUGUGUUAGUACCCUAUUAGACCUUAUCCAGACCAAAGUCAACUAUGUUGUACAAGAAGCCAUUGUAGUAAUCAAAGAUAUCUUCCGUAAAUACCCCAACAAAUAUGAGAGUAUUAUCUCAAUAUUAUGUGAGAAUUUAGACACAUUGGAUGAACCUGAAGCAAGAGCUUCAAUGGUUUGGAUCAUUGGUGAGUAUGCUGAGAGAAUUGACAAUGCAGAUGAACUUCUUGAAAGUUUCCUGGAAGGUUUCCAUGAUGAGAAUACACAAGUGCAAUUACAGCUGCUCACAGCCAUUGUUAAGCUUUUCCUGAAAAGACCAACUGAUACACAAGAGCUGGUACAACAGGUGCUUAGUCUGGCUACCCAGGACAGUGACAACCCUGAUCUUCGUGAUAGAGGUUAUAUUUAUUGGCGAUUACUUUCAACUGACCCUGCUGCAGCUAAAGAAGUUGUACUAGCAGAGAAACCAUUGAUAUCUGAAGAGACUGAUUUAAUUGAACCAACACUGUUAGAUGAAUUGAUAUGUCAUAUUGCUAGUCUGGCAUCAGUAUAUCAUAAACCACCUAGUGCAUUUGUUGAAGGGCGUGGUGGAAUGACCAAAGUAGCACUACCAAGUAGAUCACAGUCAGCUGGUUCUCAGCUGAGUGAUGCAGCAGCCACACCGGCCGCAGCACCGUCAGCACCAGCAGCUGUACAACAACCACAGCCCACAAUUAUCCCCUCACAAGGUGAUCUUAUUGGGGAUUUGUUAAGUAUGGAUUUAGGGCCAACAACACAAACUGCCCCUCCUCCACAGCAACCGGAUACUGGUGCAAUGGACUUGCUGGGUGGUGGUUUGGACAGUCUGCUUGGUGGUCCAGUGGGUGCCCCCACACCCCCUCCAGCAGCCCAACCUCCAAUGGGAACAGGAUCAGGACUUGGUGGUCUUGGUGAUAUCUUUGAUUUAGCCGGUACACCUGGACUUGGCGGCGGAUGUUACGUCCCUCCAAAACAGGUCUGGUUGCUCGCUGCCAAAGCAAAAGGUUUAGAAAUUGCUGGUACUUUCUCUCGUCGUCAAAAUCAAAUUUUCAUGGAUAUGACAUUUACAAAUAGAGCUUUGACACAAUUAUCAGGUUUUGCCAUUCAGCUCAAUAAAAACAGCUUUGGUAUCAUACCUGGAGCACAACUCAAUGUGGUAGCGUUGAAUCCCAAUCAGUCGUUUGAUACAUCAUUGCCAUUGAGUCCGGUUGGACCAAUUCAACGAAUGGAUCCUUUAACCAAUCUACAAGUGGCAAUUAAAAACAACAUUGAUGUCUUCUAUUUUAGUUGUAUAAUGCCAAUACAUACUUUAUUUGUUGAAGAUGGUGUCAUGGAUAAAAAAAUUUACCUUGCAACAUGGAAAGAUAUUUCACCAUCAAAUGAAAUCCAGUAUCAAAUAUCCAAUGUAACAUAUAACACUGAUACCAUUUCUCAAAAAUUACAGGCCAAUAAUAUAUUCACGAUAGCAAGACGGAAUGUGGAAGGGCAAGAUAUGUUGUACCAGUCUUUAAAAUUAACAAACGGAAUCUGGGUAUUGACGGAAUUAAAAAUUAUGCCUGGAAACACAUCAAUCACAUUAUCAUUAAAAUCGAGAGCGGUGGAUGUUGCGACAGCGAUUCAACAAUCAUUUGAUUUGAUUCUUCAUAACUGAUUUGUAUUUGUAUUCACUACUGCAUGAUUACAUUUACUGUAUAUAGAUCAUAACAUAGACUAGGAUUUCUCAAUUCUCAUUUAUGUUAUCACUCAAUCUGUAACUAAUAUUAAUCGAUGAAUAAUUGGCAAAUUAUGCAGGCUUGUCACACAUCCUUAGACUUCCAAACCUAGACAUGCACGUCUUAAUAAUAAUAAAAAUGUUUAUACAUCUGGUACGGUCUUUGUUCCAUUAGCAGCACAUCUUCAAGAAAAGUGCACAUAAACGGAAAAAUUGUGUAUCCUUGAUCAAUUAAAAUAAGACUUAUUUUUUUUUUUAUUUGUAACUGCUAAUGGAGCAAAUAUGGUGAAAACAUUAGAUUUUGGUUGUCUGUGAAAAUCUGUACAGAUAUCUUUAAGAGUAAUAUGGAUGCCUUUCUGUUUGAACAUUUUACUAUGCAUUGGCUUAGGACAAAUAAAAUUGUGUGACUGAACAUUGACGGCAGCAGCUAGUUAUGGUGGCUCAACUGUUGUGUUAUCGCUCAAAAAAAUAGAACAAGUUUUUCAGGUUCAAUUCAGGGUAUUGCAAGCUUUUGCAUGAAUUUGCAUAAGAAAAGUACCUACUGUUGGAGUAAACAUAUAACUGGCACUGGUAGAAUAUUUUCAUGACCUACUACAAUAUGAAAAUGUUUUUAAGAAAGUAAUUUCCAAUAAUACCAGAGGCUUCAUUCAUGGAAUGCUGAUGGACCAAUGAGAAGAUGCCAUUGCAACUCACAGUAUCUCAGCAGGUAGAUAAAACAGUUAAAUUUUGUCACCUUUAACAGAAUAAACCAGCCUAAUAUUGUCACCGUUUUUCCCAAUAUGUUGAAAACCUGCAUCGACUAGUGAAUUUUGUCUAUUAGGUCUAAAAGUAAGACAAGAGUUUCUAGAAAAUGUGUUGGGAGAAAAAUUUCAAAGGGUAUUUGAUUGUGAUUACUUGUAUUGAGAGCCAUGUUGAAAUCCAUGUGUAGAGUAAAAGAUUAAUCAUGCCUUGGAUUGGUGCUAUACCAAACAAUCUUCCUUUAAACAGUAUACCCUAUAAUUGCAAUAUAUGAAUUAUAUAUGUAUCAUACUUUUAUGUUGAAGCCUGUCGCGAUGACAUUGUAUACAUGUUUUGUUGUGCCAGUCUUUCCUGUGUAUUAUGAUCUAGUUAUUCAUUCAGUAACAAUGGCCGGUGAUUUUGAUGAAAGGAUCUGAAAUAUUUGCUUGAUGCUUUCUAGAUUUGCUAGUCUAAUCAUUUCCAAUAUGUCACUCUAAUCUAUCUUUUAUUGAAAUACAUAAACCAUGAAAUUUUUGAAUUUGCUGAUUUUGUUUUCACGCUUUGUCUGCAUGUAGUAUGUGGUAAAUAGUUUGGUUUCUAUUUGCGUGGUUGUCACUAAAUGGGGACUGAUGUUUGUAACAUUUAUCUUGACUGCCUGCUCUGAAUUUUUGAAACCCUUGGAUAUGUCUAUCUUGUAGGCUCUGUUCUUGAAUCGCAGUAAUCAGUGAUAGAAAGAUGUAUAAAUAGUAACUUGCUUGUAACCAUUUAGUGCAGUUAUGUUAAGAGGUAUACGUUUAUUACUCAGUUUAUAUUUGUAUGUUUUAUUUUUAUUCAGUAUUGUACGUAUUAUUUCAUGGUGUAAUAAAAUCACAUAUACAGAAUAUACCUUA